GCUGGGCGGGGCGAACGCAGUCGGCGGGGUGGACGCGGCGGAGCUCGGCGCCCUGGCCGCCGCCGGCGGACGGCGACCGGGAAGGGGUCGGCGACAUGUCUGGAACUCGCAAAGACUUGGCGGAAUCGGACGACAGCCAGUGCGACUCGGGAAUCGAGUCUCUGCGCUCUUUGCGUUCGCUGCCGGAGUCCGGUCCGGAGACACCGAGCGCCCCCAAGGAGAACGCGGAGAGCGAGCGCGCCUACUCGGCCUACGCCUCCGCCUCGCUCGCUGAGCCCCUGCCUCUGCCUGGGGUCUCCGAGCCCGAAUACUCCGGCCCUCGCUCGCCACUGCCCCACGCGGGGCCCUUGAGUGCCCAGCAGCUCGAAGCGCUCACUUACAUCUCUGAGGACGGCGACACGCUUGUCCACCUGGCCGUAAUCCAUGAGGCCCCAGCCAUGCUGCUGUGCUGCCUGGCCUUGCUGCCUCAGGAGGUCCUGGACAUUCAGAACAACCUCUACCAGACUGCUCUGCACCUGGCUGUGCAUCUGGAUCAGCCGAGUACUGUUCGGGCCCUGGUGCUGAAAGGGGCCAGCCGGACGCUACAGGACCGGCAUGGUGACACGGCUCUGCAUGUGGCCUGUCAGCGCCAGCAUCUGGCCUGUGCCCGAUGCCUGCUGGAAGGACGGCCAGAACCAGGCCGAGGACCAGCCCACCCCUUGGACCUCCAGCUACAGAACUGGCAAGGCCUGGCCUGCCUUCAUAUCGCCACCCUGCAGAGGAACCAGCCACUCAUGGAGCUGUUACUGCAGAAUGGGGCUGACAUCGAUGCCCAGGAGGGCACCAGUGGGAAGACAGCCCUGCACCUGGCUGUGGAAACCCAGGAGCGGGGUUUGGUGCAAUUCCUGCUGCAGGCAGGUGCCCAGGUGGAUGCCCGCAUGCUCAACGGCUGCACACCACUGCACCUGGCAGCUGGCCGUGGCCUGGGCAGCAUCUCCUACACACUGUGCCAGGCUGGUGCUGACGCCCUGCUGCUGAAUGUGGAGGAUGAGACACCCCAGGACCUGGCUGAGGAUCCACUCACUCUCCUGCCCUUCGAUGAUCUGAAGAUUUCAGGGAAGCCGCUGCUGUGUGCUGACUGAAGCCGGGUAGGGCUGGGAGCCUGAGGGCCGCCCCUGCUGCAGCCUGGACUCAGGCUGGCUGCCCUUCUGGCGUCCUAGGGACUGAGGCCCAAGCCUAGAACAGCACAGUCCCAAGUUGAAAGGAGUCUGGAAGGAGAGCUCCUGGUGGACUGGACGCCCAAAGCCCAAGGUGCCCUGGUGAAGCCCGUGUGCCCCUUGGAGAUUGCAAGGGCUGUUGUUUCUACCAACAUCGGCACCCUGUCGGUGGUACCAUCCAGGGAGAAGGCCUGGCUGCUCCCAAGUGAGAAGAGACUGAAACAGCAAAGCAAGGGCCCCAGGGGUCCCACAUUCCUGCUGACCAGAAUUCAAGUCUGGCCUGGUGGUGGUGCAGGCCUAUAUUCCCAGCUACUAGAGAGGCUGAGGCAAGAAGACUGCAAGUUCAAGUCCUGCCUGGGCACUUUAGUGAGACUCUGUCUCAGAAUAAAAAGGACUGGGCUAUUGCUCAGGGGUAGAUGGCCCCUGGGCUGGACCCCCAGUUUUGGGGAAAAAAAAAAAAUGAAAACACCUUUGUCUAAAGACUUCACACAGAGGGCCUUGCACAGACCUUGGGAACAGGACAUUGAAGUAAUGACACUAAAAUACUAGCAAAGACUUGAAA